AUGGCGACCUCCGUCACCGUACAGAUGAAUCUACAUCUGAACAUGAACUGGGACUCCAAUGAUAUCAUGGAAGCGUUCAAGAAAUUCAAGCAGAAAACUCAACUAGCUUUCAAAAGUUUCCUGAAAGGCACGUCUGAAGUUGAAAAGGUAAGCCUUUUAUGGACGGUCGAAAAAGGUCUAGACCUAUUCAAUAGCUGGGACAUGUCAGAAUCGGAUUGCAAUAACCCAGACACACUUUUAGAGAAAUUUGAAAGGCACCUAGAGCCCAGAUCGAACCAUAGAAUUCACAGAUACGAAUUCCAGGGCCUGAAACAAGACCCACAAGAAAGGAUUUACAAUUUCCUGUCCAGACUGAAGAACGUUGCCGAAAAAUGCAAAUUUAAAGAUAAGGACGAAAGAAUUGUUGACCAAUUAAUAUGGGGGUGUGCUCAUAAAGAAGUUCAGAAAUCUCUCAUAGGUAAGAACGCUCUCCAGUUGAUAGAAGCAGUAGACACUGCAAGAGCAUUCGAAGCCACUACCAAACAAAUGGCCUCACUUACCUUACAAACAAGCUCACUAGGCAGCAGUGUAGAUAUUGUAUCUAGGCACAGGACGAAACAUACCCGCAAACAAAGAACAUGCCAGUACUGUGGUACAGAGCAUGAGUUCGACAACCGGAAGAAAUGUCCUGCAUUCGGUACACACUGCAAAGCAUGUGGAAAACCUAACCACUGGGAAAAAAAUGUGUAG